ACUGGGAGGGUCGCGUUCUGGAACUAUCUGGAGAAAAUUGCAAGUUACCUGUGGUUGGGAUUGUUAAUCAGAAGCAAAUUGUCAGCCCUCGCGGUCGGUUGAAAAGUUUGACCAAUUUUAAGCUGUCAAGUUUAAGGCAAUAUGGCAUCUGGUGGGGAUGACAGUCAUCCAACAAAGUCAGUGGAAGAUUCUCAGGAAACAAGUAAAAGGAAGCGGACGACCAGCGCGGGCAGUGAGCCAUCAGCUCGCGCCGGCUCGCCGGCCUUCCUGCUGCCGGGCGUGGCCGCCUCGCCGCCCCGCUUCGUCUCGCUGGAGGAGGUGAUGCGCGCCGCCAACGGCGUCAGCAACAUGGCGCUGGCGCACGAGAUCGCCGUCAACCACGACUUUAAGCUGGAGAAGUACCAGGCGCCCGACACCAGUUUGCUGGGUCGCGUCAAGCAGAUGACUCACAAGGCCUUCUGGGACAUACUGCAGCAGCAGCUGGAGGCCGACCCUCCCGACUUCUCUCAGGCGCUGAGCCUGCUGACCGAGGUCAAACAGACGCUGCUGUCGCUGCUGCUGCCCCAGCACACGUCACUCAAGAAGGCCGUGGAGGAGAAGCUGGACGAGGCGGUGAUCAAGCAGCAGGCGGAGAGCGGCACGCUGGACUUUCACGAGUACUCUGGGUACGUGCUGUCUGUGAUGUCGCGCAUCUGCGCUCCCGUGCGGGACGACAAGAUCCGAGAGCUGGGCCGGCUGGCCGGCGUGGUGGACGUCUUCAGGGGCAUCAUGGAGACUCUGGAGCUGAUGCGAAUAGACAUGGCGAACUUCGCUAUCCAGCAGGUGCGACCUCACAUCAUCGCCCAGAGCGUCGAGUACGAGAAGAAAAAGUUCGCAGAGUAUCUCAAGACCACCAAUGACGGUCUGCUGGUGACACGCCAAUGGCUGGAAAGGAGCAUCCCCGCCGGCGGUGAUCCGUCUACGCGGAUUCGCGACACGGUCACGGCCGCGUACCUCGAGUUCCUCGACUGGGACGACAGCACGGAAAUCCCAGAGACGCUGGCCAUGGACUGGCACCGUCUCUCCGAGCUGCGGCUGGAGACGCAGCAGGUGAUCGUGACCGCCGCCGCGCUCCUGAUGACGUACAGCUCGUGCGGCCAGCCGCUGCAGGCUGUCACCGAGUUCAGGAGCCGGCUCAAGGACAAGCUGAUGGCUAUACUGGCCGACGCCUCGUCCCCGCAGAAGCUGGCGGACCUGCUGCCUAACGUGGCCGCCCAGUGCGUGUCGGAGGUGCGCGGCGGCCUGCAGUCGCAGCAGGUGGCGCCGCCCGGCGACGAGCAGCUGAAACAGAUGGCCGAGAUGAUCGAGCAGCUGCGCGAUCCGCAUCAUGGUCUGCGCGCGCUCAUCACGCGCCGCGUGCGUGAGUUCCUGGCGGUGAUCAUCGGAUCGACGACGGCGACGCCGAUGCGCGUGCCGGCGGGCCUGUCGUCGACGUCGUCCGAGCUUGCGCGCCUCGGCGGCCAGCUCCUGCGGCUCGUCUCGCACAACCGCGCUGUGUUCGGCGACUACUACACCGAAAUCCUGGAGGGGGCGCUGCGGAGGCGGGCCGCGGUGGCCGUGGAGGGCGGCGACCCGGCACCGGGCGCUGCGCAGGAUUGAGGACGGCUGUGGGGACUGAGGAGGACUGGCACGCGGGCCGACUGGAGGACGGUGGCCUUGUGAGAUUGUGCGGUAUGUCGGACGGAGCGGUGUGACCUUUGCCAGCAUCCGGCCGGUUGUGCGACCUACGGAGGGAGUGCUGGCUUUGUGGUGGUUGAAGCCCGGCUGAACUCUGGUCGGGGGAGAUUUGGCUACACGUCGGCCCGGUUGUGAGGACGCCCGCGCAGUGUUGGCCGCCCGGGCGUGACGGUGACGGUCGCGGUCUCGACCGACCGCUGUCGCGCGGAGUUGACGGGUCAUGCCAGCGAAACCAAAACGUGCAUGUCUAUCAUUAACCUUUGCUGGAAUGAUGUGGAGCGUAUGCUUCUUAGGAUGUGUUGAGAUCAGUCAUGCCAAGUGUCAGUUGCUGCCUUGUAAAUCCAGACUUAACCCUUCGAUUCUAUUGUCAUUCACAAUGCUUUGCUGUACAUCGCAUCGCAGUCUCAUGGCUUACUGGAGUGUUAAAUUAACUAGCGCAUGCUUGCGUCAGCGUUGUAACACUCACUAUUGCUCCAGCAUUCGUACUGUGAUCUGUAUAAGCUGUGGAAAUGGUUGGAAAUUGUCAUUGCCCACUGGGAGUGGAUUAACCAAUAUUAGGUGUGGCCGAACUGUUGACUGAUUCAAGAUGACUUUCAUUUUCAUCCGUUUCUGUUAUUCGCAUACGUUCAAUCUUACUGUUAAGGGUUAGGUUGGUGUAUUUGAGGAUAUGUGACAUUCCUUCUCAUCCAAAACGCAUAUUUUGUUGCGUUUAAGAACUCAUGGAUAAGUAUGAAUCACGUUGAGGCUUGGCGUCUGCAAUGACUAGUCCUAGGAUAUGCCGCAUCUGACUAUUCCGAUCACUAACCAUGGCCUGGGAGCCAGUCAUUGUAACAAUAAAGCCAAAGACAGC